AUGCUUGCGGAGCAAGUGGAAAUGUUUUUUGCUUUCGCAAGACCUAGAGGUAAGCCACCAGUGGCCAGUGACACCAUCAGGGCCCAAGCGUGGAUUCUUCGCCGAUUGGUCACAGAGUUCAACCGGGCAGCUCGGAGGGGCCACUACCCGAGGGAGAAGCUCAUGUGUGAGAUUUAUGAGGAAAGUGGAAUCCCCUUGCCUUUCAACCCCCGUGACUAG